UCAUCCCAAGUCUCCCCCCUUCCAGAUCCAAAAAACCAAACCACCUCUCUUUCCUCCAUUAACUCCAUGCAACUCCUCCACCUCCAUGCACCACUCUUCAUCAUCAUCAUCAUCAUCAUCUUCACCCAUGACUCUCAAAGGUGGAACCAGCCAAGCUUGCGCUGCAUGCAAAUACCAACGUAGAAAAUGCACUUCUGACUGCCCUUUAGCUCCCUACUUCCCUCCUGACAUGCCCAAACAAUUCCAAAACGCUCACAAACUCUUCGGUGUAAGCAACAUCCUCAAGAUCAUUAACAAACUUGACCCUUCUCGUCGGCCGGAGGCCAUGAAGACCAUCAUCUAUGAAGCUAACAUCCGUGACCGGUCUCCGGUCCAUGGCUGUCUUGGCAUCAUCUAUGCUAUUCACUUUCAAAUUCAUCAAGCUCAACUUGAGCUUGAUGCACUCAAUCAGCAUCUUUCUUUGUUGCAACGGCAUGCGGCCACUGCAUCCUCGUCGGCGGCGUCUAACGAUGAUUAUAUGCCUUUCGAUAAUGCCGUCCCAUUCGCUCCUAUUUCUAAUGCUUGCAAUAUUAAGUCUAUGUUGCAUGAUUAUGAUGAGAUUUCGCCUUAUUUCGAUGCUCUUGUUCAAGAUGAUCAGCAAUCUUUUAUUGAUUCUAGAGAGUUCAAUUCUGUGUCAUCUGGGGAGAAGGAGGGUGGAGAUCAACAAGGAGAGCAUAUGACUGAGAAUGAGCUCAAGAAUGCUGCUGCUUGUUUUACUCUAACAAGCAUUAUGAACUGAUAAUUAAACCCUUUUUUUUCUUGUCUUUUUUUGUUUCAUUUUAUUUUGAUUAAUGAAGAGAAAGAACAAGCGG